UGCCUACAUGUCCCGGGGCGCCGCGUAAUCACGUAACGGGGGGCGGACUCGCGAGACCUGCCUGGCGGCGCGCGGGACCCGGAGGGAGGCGCGAGAUGCCGAUGAAAGGCCGUUUCCCCGUCCGCCGGACGCUCGAGUACCUGCGCUCCGGCCCUGUGGUGCUCAAACCCUCCGUCAAGGUCAUGACGGUGAAUUACAACACGCACGGGGAGCUGAACGAGGGAGCAAGAAAAUUUGUUUUCUUCAAUAUACCCCAGAUUCAGUACAAAAACCCCUGGGUUCAGAUUGUUAUGUUCAAAAACAUGACACCAUCCCCAUUUCUGAAGUUUUAUUUAGAUAAUGCUGAACAAGUCUUAGUCGAUGUAGAGGGAAAGACCAACAAAGAGAUCGUUCAGCAUGUGAGGACCAUCCUUGGAAAAACCCAAGAGGUUCUCCAAGCAGAGGAACAAGCUCAGAAGAAGCAGUCACACCCGGCGCACUUUGGGCCCAAGAAAUAUUGUUUGCGAGAGUGCAUUUGUGAGGUUGAAGGACAGGUGCCUUGCCCCGGUAUUGUCGCUCUGCCAAAGGAAAUGACAGGAAAAUACAAGGCAGCACAGCGAGCAGCGCAAAAAGCAAGUAGUUAACAUCGGGGAUUUGUAAAUAAAGCUUUGGACAAGGCUGAA